AUAUAUUGCAUAAGUUCCAUUUUUUUCAUCCUCUUCAUUUGACUAACCUCUGUUUAUGAAUACUUCGAGAUAGGUCGACCUAAACCAAACAACGUUAUGAUAUGUGUACAAAUAAAUUCAAUAUCUACAAAUUUGUUGGUCUAUAAUACGUUGCGAAAGUAAAAUAUUCUUUUUUUGAGAAUGAAAGUAAUUCGUGUUAAUUCAAAAAACGUUAUUUUAAUUUUUUUUGCACUUUUAUCACAUAUUAUUAGGGAAGUACAUAUGUGUUAUGGUAAUGAUCGUAUAAUAAGUUAUGCGUUAAAAGAAUCUAAUGCAAAUUCUACGCCUGCUUAUAGUAGUAAAAAGGAAGAAAUGUCAGGCUUGUGUCCAGCUGGAAUACUGUGUUCCGAGUUAAGAGUAGAAUGUUUAAAAUGUAAUUUAAAUACCAAUUGUGUGUACGGAGCAAUUUAUGUUGCAAAUUGUACUGUACUAGAAAACGUUGAUUGUAUAGGUGAACAGAACUUUCAAAAAGAAUACAUAUGUCGUUAUUGUUAUCAAACUGAACCUUGGGAACAUCAAUGUCAUCUAAAAAAUUCCUGCAGUUCUGUAGCAUCGCCUCAACAAUAUUACAGAACAAAUUGUACAGUCAAUGGUUAUAUAUUGUGUUUGGGAAAAAGGAAAUUUAUGAAAAAUUUACGAUGCAACUGGACAGUAGGAUACAGAUGGUCUACCGCCUUGAUACUGAGCAUUACUUUAGGAGGUUUUGGUGCAGAUAGAUUCUAUUUGGGACAUUGGCAAGAAGGUAUUGGCAAAUUAUUUAGUUUUGGAGGACUUGGUGUAUGGACUUUGAUUGAUGUAAUAUUGAUUUCUAUGAGAUAUUUAGGACCAGCAGAUGGAUCUCUCUAUAUUUAAAUAUUAUUCUAUCUUGUGAAACUAAUGUAAGAUUAUUUAUGAGACCUCUCGAAUUUUAUGUAAAAAGCCUAGAUAUUAUACUAUUAUUUUAUUAGA